AUGAGAAAACGUAUCCGAUUUUUUAAAGUUUCCAUUAUUCCUUAUUUCUUUCGUUUUUCAUUCUUCAACGUAUAUUCCGUUUUUAAUUUCUGUCUUCCUUCUUUUUCCUUCUUGAUUCAAUUUUCUUUUCACCAUUUCUACGCUUCACUUUUUUCUUAUUUCUUUCUCUCUUUCUUUCUUUCUUUCUUAUCUAUUCUCUCUCGCCUUUUUCAUUUUCCUUCUUUCUUUUUCAUCCUUCAUUUGGUAUCUUUCUUUCUUCUUUCAUUACUUCUGGUUGUCAGAUCUUUUUUAAAUUCUAUCUUCCUUUUCUCUCAUUUGUCCUCCUUUCUUAAAUUUCUUUUUUCUUCUUUUAUUUUUUUCCUCAUUCUUUCUUUCUUUCUUUCUUCUUUCUUUCUUUCUUUCUUUCUUUCUGUCGUUUCAUUCUAUCACUCUUUUUCAUUUCCUUCCGUAUUUCUUUUUCAUUCCUCACUACAUAUAUUUCUUUUACGUUUCUUUAUUUUUAUUAUGUUUUCAUUUUUCAAUCGAUGUUUCAUUUUUAAUUUUCUUUUUUUUUUCGCUUCGUUUCUUAUUUUAUUUCUUUUUUUCUUUCGUUGUCAUUCUUUUCUUCAUAUCUACCAUUUCUUUCCUUCAUGUUCUUUGCGUCUUCACCUUCUGCCUUUUACAGUUCCUCCCAUCCGAAAUUUCCUUUAUUCUUUUUCUUUUUUCUUUCACAUUCUUAAAUUUCUUUCUUUCUUUCUUUCUUUCUUUCUUUCUUUCUUUCUUUCUUUCUUUCUUUCUUUCUAUUAG